UUCAUUUGGAUAUUCGAGUUUAAAAUACAGAAACUGUUAAUGAAAUUUUUUGUUUUAUCUGUCAAUUGAUUAACCUAAAAACAGAGCCUAAAAAGUGUUUUACAAAAAUAUCCUUUUUUUAAUUAAAUGAAUCGGCCUUCAUUAUUGCAAAAUGGCAAAUUUCUUUACUAGGGUCUUAAAGACUUCGUUUCAAAAGAAAAUAGGCCCCUCAUUCAAUUUUUUUCGUCUACUAACAUGUGAAUCUGGAUCAGUAUCUGCAAUCCCUCCUAUAAUUAAAUUCACACCACAAUUAUCAAAAAUCGAAAAUAAUUGGAUAUAUCAGAGAAACGAAGAUAUAAGGACGCCUUUCAAUUAUGGACAUAAAAUAGAAAUACCAAGAAAUUUUAUUCUACCCCUAGUUGAAGAUCCUUCAGAAAAUAAGUUAGUUAUUGAACCUCCAUCGGAGAAAAAUGACAAUUCAAUAGAAGCAGCCAGGUUAAUUGUGAUAAGACGUCAAAAGAUGAAAAACCAUAAAUUGAAGAAGUUGAGAAAAAAACUCAAAUUUGUGAGAGCAAAGAUUCGUCAAAAAAGAGAACUAAAAAGGGAGAAAGAAUUCCAAGAAACUCUUAUACAGCAAUGUAAAACAGCUGAAGCUUUUUCAGCCGAAGAAUAUGUAGAAAGUAGAAUUAAGAAGUACCAAGAAGCCUUAAGCUAUGUACCAAAAGAAACAAGUUCUUAUGCAAAUUGAAAAUAAAUGUAAUGCAUAUGUAUAAUAAAAUAAAAACCGAUAAUUCAAA